CUUCAUGAGAGACGGUUGAAGAUGUAUACGUCGAUUUCAUUAUCUCUGGUACUUGGACUGGCCUCUGCCACUCAAUAUGGAAACAACUGGGUACCUGUCAAAUACGAUCCACCGCAGGUCGAGAAGAAUUUCCAGGAUCCUGGGAUCAAAUUGAUCUCGCCAGCGUUUAUUAAGAACGAUACAAUUCCACCGGGGUUCUCGAAUGGAACAGCCGGGCCUACAAGCCAGGUGAUCUUGGAUGUCUAUAUCCAAGCGCUUGCGGAUCGAAACCCCUGGAUCAAGUAUUCGCCGGCCGAAUAUGAGAGCGAGGAAGGUCGUGACUUUCCAUAUAUCCUCCUUACGAAUGGGCAACAGCCCAAUUUUACCUACAGUCCAUCAGGUGGAAAUGUCUCGAAUCCUCUCUGGGGUGGGAACAUCACGACAGAUCAAUCGCAAAGUAGUGGAGCGAGCGACAAGCUCAGGAUAUGGAUUCAGGGCGGAGUGCACGGUAAUGAACCAGGUGGCGAUCAAGCGGUAAUGGCUUUACUCGGCAAGAUGAACGCGAACCAGACUUGGACAAACCAGAUCUUGCAAAAUGCAGACAUCAUGGUUCUGCCUCGAUACAAUCCAGAUGGCGUGGCGUACUUCCAACGAACUUUCGCCAGCAAUUUCGAUCCCAACCGCGACCACACAAAGCUCGCAAGACAGCAAUCACGAGACAUCAAGCGCACCUUCUCGGACUUUGCUCCUCAUAUCGCUGUCGACCUGCAUGAGUACGGCGCAGGCACACUCUACAGUGGAAGCUACGUACCUGGAGCCGAUGCUAUGUUCAGCGCAGCCAAGAAUCUGAACAUCCAUGCCAGCAUUCGCAACAUUUCCGAAGAAGUCUUCGCUCCAGCCAUCGCAGCUCACCUUGAGAAACAAGGCUUCCGAUGGGAGCCCUAUGCAACUGGAGCAUCCGAUGGCGACACCCGCAACUCUACCAUCAUGCUCAAAGAAGCCGAUAGCGACGCCAAAAUCGGCAGAAACUCCAUGGGUCUCUCCCAAGCAAUCGUCUUCCUCUUCGAAACACGAGGAAUCGGCAUCGCCGAUCAAGAAUUCGCCCGACGAACCGCAACCGGUCUCGCCUUGCUCGAAGCAACCAUCAACACCGCAAUCGCCAACGCAGCCGAAAUCCGGCAAGUCGUGGAAGACAGCAUCGAAGAUUUCGUACAAAGCCAAGAUAAAAUUGUCAUCGCCGACCACCCACAAAACGCCACAGUGAGAAACUGGACUCUCAUCGACUACCAAACCGGCGAAUUACAACAAGUCCCCGUAGCAUUCUUCGCCACAACACCCACAAUCGCGAACCUCACCCGUGCGAGACCAGAAGCCUACCUCAUUCCCAAAGGCUGGAAAGAUCUCAUUCCGAGACUCGAAGCUUCUGGUCUGGAAGUCGAGACGCUCGAUCAAGCUUUCCGCGGCUCAGUCGAAGCUCUCACGAUCGAGACAGCAGGUUUCACGGAAGCAGCAUAUUUCGAAGGCGCAGUUCUCGCUUCUGUUACCACAAAGGCAACGACGAAGAAUGUUGACCUUCCGGCUGGGAGUUUCUUGGUUAGCACGAGGCAGAAAAAUGCUGGGUUGGCGUUUGCGGCUCUCGAGCCGGAGAAUAUCGACUCGUAUGUUAGCUUCGGAGUCGUGCCGAUGGCGGCGGGGGAUGAGUAUCCAAUCUACAGGGUUAUGGCAUGAGCGAUUAGAGGCGGCGAGGAGACGACGUGCAUGAUUUGUACGAUGACAGUAUUGGCGAAGUAGCCGUGACACGAUAUGACCAUGACUUGGGUCACGAGGCAGGAGUUUUGCAUUCUCGGCGUUUUCAGUAUUUAGCGCCUCUCUUGACUUCAUUCCGUUUCAUACCACUAGGCUUAGCAGACCAAAAAACAAUUGAAAGUUCCGGAG